AUCUCUCUCCCUUCUUUCUUUUUCUCCGUUUUCUCUUUCUUAAAGCACAAACCUUUUUCACUUUCUUUCCUUACCCACCUACGUUUCCUUCAGAUCCAACCAAUUCCAUCGUCACUAGGAACUACCCUUUUGCCUCAUCAGCUUUAUCUCACUCCUCAACUGUGUCUGUGAUAGGUUCAACCCUUCUCUUGCUCUCUAUGCCAUUCCCACAGGAUGGGCAAGUGCAAGGGUUGUGGGAAGUUAGGAAGAAUGAGGCCAAGGCAUAUGAGUGCGUAUGAAUUUUCUCUCAUGCUGGCUCCUGUUGUUUCUGUUUGGGAUUGCAUAGUUCGCAAGAUGAGGUACUCUUACAGACCUGAGUGGGUGUAGUGUAGUCAUUGCGGAACGCAUCAGUAGUAUUAGUCUUGAUACUUCAACUAAUUAGAAUAUAUUUAGCAUUACAAUUAGGGAAAGAGUGGAAAUAAUUACAGAAAGAAAUGUAUACACCUCUUAAGAAAUUCAGUUGAAGGAACACUCGAAGACGAUACUUUAGUAUUUACUAUAUAAGUGUAGUAAAUUCUAUGGAUACAAUGGCUUGUAAUAAAGCGCAACAUGUGAGAAAGGUGAAGAAGAAGCAGGUGAAAGACGAGUUGGAUCGUCUUAAACAGGCCGAGAAGAAAAAGAGGCGCUUGGAAAAAGCGCUUGCCACAUCUGCAGCCAUCAUUUCUGAACUUGAGAAAAAGAAACAGAAAAAGAAAGAAGAGCAACAAAGGCUCGACGAAGAGGGUGCUGCAAUCGCUGAGGCCGUGGCUCUCCAUGUUCUACUCGGCGAAGACUCGGAUGAUUCUUGUAAGGUUGUGAUCAAUAACGACGGGUGCAAGACAUGGAAUUGUAACCGAAAUCUUGGCAUCUUUGUGGGGGGAGAAAGUGGUUGCCUCCCACAUCUAGAUGGUGGGAGAUGGUCUUUUGAGAGAGUGGGUUGGGUCUCUGAUGCAUACAGAUAUGGUUGCAAAUGGGAUGCUGCUGAAAAUGGUGAAUGGUCAUUCUCAUCAGAGCCUUUUGAAAAGAAUGUGCAUGAACAACCAGUAUAUGAAGAUGCAGGAUUGGGACCUGCUGGUUUCUCUGCGGAUCUCAUAGCAGCACAAGCAGUUUCAUCACUGCAGAUUGCUGAGGAGGCAGAUGAAGAUAGGAUUCUGUUUUGAGUUUUAAGGGCAUGCUGAGGUGGUGAUAGAAUAACUGUAUGUGGUGGUGACUGGAUCAAGUCUUCUGUCGUUUUGAUUGAAGAUAUAUGCGUGUAUAUAUUGUUAUUAUUAUUAUGAGUCUUGUCCAUGUCAAACACUUUCUGCUUCUGUUGUGAUUGAACAUGUUACAUGUUGCAGAGUGACCAUGUUUUAUUAUUAUCUUUUAACUGUAUGUUAAUGUGAGGCUUCUAAUUUGCUGUGGUGA